AUGAAGAUACGUAGGACACUGUCUACUAUCCCUAAGGGUGGCGUCAAACAGUCAUCGACUUUCGGUGACAAGGGCCAUAGUGCCCAAACCCUUGCCCAGGGACAACCAGUGAUUCACGACGUAUUCGAAACCAAGACCGGCACAUGGCAAUACGUCGUCGCUGAUCCCUCGACACGAGAAGCUGUUGUGAUCGACCCAGUCCUAGACUAUGAUCGAGAAACGCAGGUCAUAACCACAGUCGCUGCAGACCAAAUCCUGUCAUUGGCCAAACGCCAGGACUACACAAUUGUCAGAAUUCUUGAAACUCAUGCCCAUGCUGACCAUCUCACUGCCGCAUCAUACCUCCAGCAUCGCCUGGAGUCAGAGCAUGGGCAUAAGCCUACUGUCGGUAUCGGAAGACGAAUCGGUCAGGUUCAAUCACUCUUCGGUCAAAGAUACGGGGUUCCUCAAGAUGAACGUCAAGGGGCAUUUGAUACGUUGUUUGAAGACGACGAAGUUUUCAGCAUUGGUAACCUUCACGCCGUUGCUCUACAUCUCCCCGGCCAUACGCCUGACCAUUUGGGCUACAAGAUUGGAGACAACGUUUUCUGUGGCGAUUCUCUAUUCCACGUGGACAUUGGCACCGCUCGGUGUGACUUUCCAGGUGGCAGCGCCAAAAGCCUUUAUUAUUCGGGCCGCAGGCUUCUAAGUUUGCCUGACGACGUCAAAAUUUGGACCGGUCAUGACUACCCACCGGAGGGUCGCGUUGAUCCCGUGCCUUGGAUGACAGUUCAGGAACACCGAGCACAGAAUAAACAUUUGAGGGAUGGCAUCACCGAAGAGGAGUUUGUGGCUCAGCGGAAAAAGCGUGAUGCCAGCCUUGGGGAACCAAAGCUGCUGCAUCAAUCACUACAGACCAACAUCAGAGCUGGACGCCUUCCGAAGCCCACGGAAUCAGGGCAUCGGAUGCUACGGUUACCUCUAAAGCUUGGGGGUGUGCAGUGGUGA